CCGGAAUCUGAUCCGGUCCGGUUUUCACCGAAUCCCGGAGCCGGCUGCCAGGAUUCCGGUGUCGGCAUUUCAACGCCGGGAUCCCGACAGCCGGCAUCCUGAUGAUCAUAUAGCUGCUUCUGAUUGGUUAUGUAGAGUACUGUACCCUCCAUUGAUAGUACCCUUCUUUUUUAUGCAUCUGACACUUUAUUACAUUUUACAAUAAUAUCCCUGACCCGUUCUCUGCCGGCCGAUGUGUAAUAUAAGCGCAGGCCGCCGGGACAGUAUGGUAGAGGGAGACAGCAGCCGGUACACGGGUAGGGUUACAGGCUGGUGCAGCCAUGUUCCUGGCGGCAGAUCGGUGCGGGGCUCCCGUUGCCCGGUGCGUGCGGCAGUCACCGACACACGCAGCAUGAUGCUACCAGCCAGCACUGCCUCCCGCUUCCUCGGGUAGUAGUAACGUUACCCGAUGCCCAGUCCUGCUAGGCGGCUACAGAUCAUCGGUUACGCCGGGUGGGCUGUCCCGGACCAGGCCUCGCCUCCCAGCCUUGUCACUUCCUGUCCCGGGCCGGCCGGUCUCAGCUGCGGCUCCUCCCGGUCUAGGCCUCUCGGGGCUCCAAUGGAUUUUACAUAGUGUCAGCCGCUGCUGUGCGUGUUUCCGUCUGUAGGGAGUCCGGUACCUGCGGCCUCGCUAUGUCCGCGGCCGUGCCGUGCCCGGCUCUCUGCUGUUGCCGCCGGCCUCUGCACCCCGGGCCAGUCCCAGACUCUCCGCAGCGCUUCCUCCCGGGGCCACCAGACCCCGCUUCGGCCUCCAGCUUCCAGCUCUACCGGCUGCACCACUUCCACCUGGGGUUGGAGCUGCGGCAGGAGACCAGGGAGCUGUCCGGCUGCUUGGUGCUAGAACUCAGCUCUCUGUUGCCCGGAGGACCGGCUUUGGUCUUGGACACUCACCCUGUUGUCAGAGUCAGUUCUGUGCGUUGCAGGAGGGGAGGUCGGCAAAGCAGCAGGAACCCCGGUGACAAAGCUUUCUCCUCUUCUAGCCAACCUGCCCCCCCAGUGACCACACCUGCACUUGUCGACUCUGUGCCCACUCAAUCCUCCUGCUGCUUUCCGUUGGACUUUAGGGUCGAAGAGUUUACAGAUUAUGGCUCUGCACUUACCAUCACUGUGCCUGAAACGUUACAAACCAACGAGACGUUCCAGGUCAUUGUACACUACGUCACGGGAGAAGGUCCUGCGAUAUGGUGGCUGGAUCCUGAACUCUCCUAUGGAAGCUCUGAGUUGUUUGUCUUCACUCAAGGGCACUCUGUUUGCAACCGUUCCUUCUUCCCCUGUUUUGAUACGCCAGCUGUAAAGUGUACUUACUCUGCUUCUGUCAAAGCUCCUGCUGGAAUUCGGGUCCUCAUGAGCUGCACUCACAGUUACUACAUAGAAGAAAUGGGUAUCUUUCACUUUUAUAUGGAACAUCCUGUUCCUGCGUAUUUAGUGGCCCUGGCUGCAGGCCACCUACUUCCAGCCGAUAUUGGUCCCAGAAGUCGGGUGUGGGCUGAGCCCUGUGUGCUGCCUUUGGCUGUGGGUAAACUUGCUGGCCAGGUAGAGCAGUGGCUUCAGGCUGCAGAGAGUUUGUAUGGCCCCUACAUCUGGGGAAGGUAUGACAUUGUCUUCCUACCACCAUCUUUUCCAAUUGUUGCCAUGGAGAACCCAUGCCUCACAUUCGUGAUCUGCUCCAUCCUGGAAAGUGAGGAUUUCCUGCUGAUUGAUGUCAUCCAUGAGAUUGCACAUGGCUGGUUUGGGAAUGCAGUAACAAAUGCCAGCUGGGAGGAAAUGUGGCUGAGUGAAGGCUUGGCAACAUAUGCUCAGCGCCGCAUCACAACGCUGAUAUAUGGUGCUGCUUUCACAUGCCUAGAGAGCACCUUCCGCCUUGAAGCUUUGCAUAGACAGCUCCGAAUCCUUGGCCAGGAUACCCCUUUCAGUCGGCUGCAGGCUAAACUGGAUCCAGGUGUCAACCCAAGUAACCUCAUGAAUUUAUUCACAUAUGAGAAGGGUUUCUGCUUUGUUCACUAUCUAUCCCAGCUAUGUGGUGACCAGGACAGCUUUGAUGCCUUCCUCAGGGAUUAUAUUGAGAAGUUUAAGUUCCGCAGUGUUGUAGCUCAUGAUCUGCUGGAGUCAUAUCUUGGCUUCUUCCCUCAUUUGAGAGGGGAGAGUUCUACAUACAGUGAAGGAUUGGAGUUUGACCGUUGGCUUAAUGCCCCAGGGCCUCCCUUGACCCAACCAGAUCUUUCUGAAGGGUCUGUCUUUACUUCACCAGUGGAAGAGUUGAGCGAACUGUGGAUGGCUGAACCCUUGGAUAUUGAAGCUGCUGCCAAUUUUGCCAAUAUCACAGACUGGCAAACUUUCCAAACUGUGCUGUUUUUGGACAAGAUUUUAGAUCAGUCUCCGCUGCGGCCAGAGGUUAUGCUCCAGCUGUCUCUGUGUUAUUCUGCUGAUCUGGCUAAUAUGAAUACAGAAAUCCGAAUCCGUUGGUUGCAGAUUGUGGUGCGAAACAACUUCCAGACAGACUUGCCCCGAGUGCGCCACUUCCUGCUCUGCCAAACUUCAAGAAUGUACACCAUCCCCCUUUAUGAAGAUCUCAUUGCAGGACCACUGAAAUCUUGUGCCCUGGAAAUCUUUUAUCAAACACAUGGGCGUUUACAUCCCAAUCUUCGUAAAACUAUACAGCAGAUCUUGGCUCAAGGAGGCUCUAUAGUGCAGUCGGACACUGCCUUACCUAUCCUGUCAACUGAGCUUAAUACACAAGGCUCCUCCUCUCUCAGGGAUGUCAAUGUGACAGCCUGACAAGGCUCAACCAGCAUUGACGCAUCAACUAAGCCACUCCAAAUCCAACCAGGCUGUGCCUUGCCCAGACCUAUCUGGGGAGUGUGCCGAGAAUCUUUGCACUGGGAUGGAGGAAACAAAGUCCAAUCCCACCCAAGAAUGCUCAGGAACCAAGCCACACAACCCCAAUGACUGAUCUUUCUAUACCUAGCUUUCAAAGGGCAGAGAGGUGCCAAGUGGUGCUUAUACUUUGGAAAACUGCUGUGGGUUGCCUGGAAUUGAUUCCAGAACAUCUAUGCAUUUUACACAUUAUUUUGAGUUCUUUUAGAUACCUUACUUUUGAAGGUAUAUGAUCUCUGCCUGAAGUUUUUGUUUUGUUUCUUAAAAAGAAAAAAAAAAUAUUUAAUGUUAUUUAACAUUUAUGCUCCUGGCAUGUGUUCAUUUUUACGGUCAAGUGGACAUGGCCCUGCGGAAUCAGUGAUCUUGUGUGAUAACGUGUCUGCUUGAUUCAGCUCUUCAGCAAUCAUAGGGGGUUUGUUUUUUUACUUUGGUUAAACUUUGGGAUGUUUUUAUUUGAUUAUAUUUUAAUUUGUGAAAUAUUAACAGUGCAGAAUAGCCAUUUUAAAUUUUUUUGAGUGUGACAUCAGGCUAAACAUUGCUUACCGUUACUCAGACACGAACCUUCCGUACAGCUGCACUUCUCUUUACAUGCUCAUCCAAUUUCCCUCUACUUUCCAUAGGAUUGUGUUUCUGUACACUGAUAGUUUUCCAGAAGCUACUAACAGCGAGUGAAGACGUUUGUAUGGUCUAACUAUAUGUGGUGAUUUUUAUUAAUGAGAAGCCAGCCACCCUUUCUAUGUCCUUUACCUAUAUGAGCAGAGGCAGUUUUAGAAGUACAGUAGCCAUAUAUUUCUACUGAAUGCUUUUGAGAGGUAAAUUGGCUCCUUUCAUAUUUCUCCUACCAGCAAGACAUUGCCCUUUAGUGAUAAAACUAUUUUAUUGGCCUUUUGUAUUUCUGUAAGCAAAGUUUCUGAGGGUGAAACACAGAAUUAAAACUGUUCUUUAAUGUUUUAUUGUUGUUUGUAAAUGCCAUAUAAAUGUCUGUAAAUUA